AUGUUAUCGUUGUCCCUUCAAGGAGUACUGUCAAAGGGGAAAGAGGAGAGGAAGGAUUUAGUUUAUCAGCUCGAGGUCGCUCAGGCCUCUACUGAUGGGGCGUAUACCGAACUCGAUCAGCACCGCUCGAAAGCAUACGGAAUCUCUCCGAUCCAAGCACAAGUGGUUGCUGGCUCAAGCUCGGGUGGAUGCAGUGGAGGAGUACAAGAAGUCAAGCUCGGGUGGAUGCAGGUCUCACCACAAACCAACGAAGGCAUGUUCUUCGAAUUUGACAUCUUAACAAAGAUAAAAUGUGAAAACUGGUAUGGCUACUUGAUAUUAAAGGAGGAGAUACAACAAGUCGACGAGUCAACAACUGAAAAGCAAAAUGUGAAAACUGGUAUGGCUCGGCGCUAUUGA